GACAGCUCGAGCGACACUUUCGUCAUCUGAAGUAAGAAACAAAAGCAAAAAAAAGUGUUUUUCCCGACGCGCGACGCACCGUUUUCCAAGUUUUUCUCUGGUAUUCUGAAGUGCUGUGAUUUCGUGAUUUCUUGCUCUCCCCGUUCAAUAAGUGUAACGUGCCUUAAGCGCCACCGCCAGCGCCAUGAGCUCCUCCGGCCGCGACGGACAUUCUUCCGGGAUGCAGAUGUCCACCUCGAGCACGGUGCUCAGCAUGGCGGAGAAGCAAAAGUACAUCGAGGAUUACGACUUUCCCUACUGCGACGAGUCCAGCAAGUACGAGAAGGUCGCCAAGAUCGGGCAAGGUACUUUCGGCGAGGUGUUCAAGGCACGUGAGAAGAAAUCCAACAAAAAGUUCGUCGCCAUGAAGAAGGUCCUGAUGGACAACGAGAAGGAGGGCUUCCCGAUUACGGCCCUGCGGGAGAUCCGGAUCCUGCAGCUGCUGAAGCACGAAAAUGUGGUGAAUCUGAUCGAGAUUUGCCGAACCAAGGCAACGGCCAACAAUCGGUACCGGUCCACGUUUUAUCUGGUGUUCGACUUCUGCGAGCACGAUCUGGCCGGGCUGCUGUCGAACAUGAACGUGAAGUUCAGCUUGGGCGAGAUCAAGAAGGUCAUGCAGCAGCUGCUGAAUGGGUUGUACUACAUCCACAGCAACAAGAUCCUGCAUCGGGACAUGAAGGCGGCCAACGUUCUGAUCACGAAGAAUGGCGUUCUGAAACUGGCCGAUUUUGGAUUGGCUCGGGCGUUUAGCAUUACCAAAAACGGACAGGCCAAUCGGUACACGAACCGGGUGGUUACUCUGUGGUAUCGUCCCCCGGAACUGCUGCUCGGCGACCGCAACUACGGACCCCCGGUGGACAUGUGGGGCGCAGGGUGCAUCAUGGCCGAAAUGUGGACACGAUCACCUAUCAUGCAAGGUGCCACGGAACAGCAGCAGCUGAUCUUCAUCUCGCAGCUGUGCGGAUCUUUCACUCCGGACGUCUGGCCCGGAGUCGAGAGCUUGGAACUGUACCAGAAAAUGGAACUCCCCAUGGGCCACAAGCGCAAAGUGCGCGAUCGCCUUCGGCCGUACGUGAAAGACCCCAACGGAGUGGACCUGCUGGACAAAUUGCUCAUUCUGGAUCCAAAGGAGCGCAUCGAUGCCGACUCCGCCCUGAACCAUGACUUCUUCUGGACGGAUCCGAUGCCAAGCGAUCUGAGCAAGAUGUUAUCGCAGCACACGCAGAGUAUGUUCGAGUACCUGACGCCGCCGAGGCGCGCCUGCCAGAUGCGCCAGUACCAGCAGCAGAUGGUCAACACGAUGCAGCAGCGCCCGCAGGACAACAGCUACCAGGAUCGGGUGUACUAGAGUGGGACCGAUGUCUGGAAUCGGAUAUGGAGGGUUUGAUGUGGGAAGUUCAACUAGAUAUAUUACUUAUACCGUUAGAAAUGGCUAGAAUUAAUGAACUUUAUAGCUAUAAUCAUUUAUAUUUUUUUGAAGAAUACAAUGUUUAUCUUAUAAUGAUAUGCGCAAAGACUUAUCACUAUCUCAAUAAAAGUUUGAAAAGUGA